UGAACGCAGCAUGACGCGGGGCGUGGAGGGAUUCUGAUUGGGCUGCUGAGGACUCAGAAAAACAGGUUACGCCAUAUUGUCAACUUCCGAGGAGACCGCUCCAUUUCUUAAAACAUGCCCAAAUAGCGGACUCUAUCGACUGUAGACGCAAAGAUGGCGCACAUUGGUGCAAUGCAAGACGCAGCCGCGGAGGACUGCUCUGUCCCGCAAGGGCCCGGUGUCUGCCUGCGAAGUCGACCGUUCUCCAGCGAGAGAGACGGCCAGGUGCGGGCUGUCAAAGCGGUUCUUCAGUCCAGCCUGGGGCCCUACGAGCCCGCCCUGACCUACCUACAGUCCGUCCUGGUGUGGGAAAGACCUCUACAGUGUGUGCUUCUCUACACGGUGGUCAACGUGGUGUUCUGGUUCUUCGCCCUGACCUCACUGCGCAUGCUGUUCCUGCUGGCUUCUGGUCUGGCUCUGGUUGUCUGUGUUGAUACCUGGAGAAAUAAGAUCUUGCCAGAGAUUGGAGUCAGAAACCUGGAUGAAUCAGAAAAUGAGAGCUGGGGUCUGGUGCAGCCUGGCAUCCUCAGUGUGCCUGAACUGGUCCACCACAUCGCUGAGGCUUGGGUCAGUGGAGCAGUUCUUGCAUCCAGUGUGAUGCAGUACAAACAACACAACCCUGGCAAGUUCUGCAUCCUGACCUGUGGACUGUUCACCUGCUUGGCUGUGGUUGGAAGCCACAUUCCUGGAUUGGUGCUCUCCUACUCUGCUAUGUGGGCCACUGUCCUGGCUCCUCUGGGAGCCUAUCACAGGGUUUUUCAGCAUGUGUGCAUGAAGCUGGAUCCGGUCCUGCAGAGACUGGACUUUAGUGUUUGUGGCUACAUGAUGUCAAAGCCUGUUGAUAAUCAGUUCCUGCGGAGGCCUCUGCGUGUUUUAGCCUCAGGUGAAAACAGUGAUAGCGAGGAGGAGGAGCUGGCUGCUUUCUGCCCAACAUUUGAUGAUGCCAUCGUUGCUAAAGAACUCGCUCUGACGGACUCUGAGCACUCUGAUGCUGAGGUGUCCUACACUGAUAAUGGAACAUUUAACCUAUCGCGUGGCCAGACUCCGCUCACGGAGGGCUCUGAGGACUUUGACAGACACAGUGAUGCUGAGGAAUCGUUUGCUCGAGACCUCCAAGGCUUCCCGUCCAUAAACCCCGAUGCCACUCUGAUGGAUGAUGACGACGAUGACACGAGCAUCGGUCUACUAAGUCUGGGUCUGUCUGGGCUAGCUAGUCACCGGGCCUCAGUGCUGGAUGCUCAUCUGGACUCGGAUCAGGAGGAUCUGGAUGCAGAACUUUCUCUCAGCGGCCUGCCACCUGCCUCUGAUUUCGCCGGAGACUUGGCCGGAGUCAUCGCCAGCAACAUGAUCCAGGCAGCGCUGGCUGGGGCGCUGCAACCUCGGCCUCCUGCUAGCCAGCGCAGAGAAGGCCCUCCCAGGGCUGGAGCCCAGCGAAGCUACCGCAAGCAGUCCAGCUCUGAGCUGGACACAGACUUGGACGUAGAGGACUUUGAAAUGCUGGAUCAGUCUGAACUGAACCAGAUGGAUCCCCUUGGAGGAGGAGGGAGUACUAGAAGGGGGGAGAGCCAGGGGUCUAACUUCUUGUCUAGCCUGCUAGGUAAACCACAGUAGUGUGGUGUGUGUGUGUGUGUGUGUGUGUGUGUGUGUUGUGUGUGUGUGUGUGUGUGUGUGUGUGUGUGUGUGUGUGUGUGUGUGUGUGUGUGUGUGUGUGUGUGUGUGUGUGUGUGUGUGUGUGUGUGUGUGUGUGUGUGUGUGUGUGUGUGUGUGUGUGUGUGUGUGUGUGUGUGUGUGUGCACAUGCACAUGCACAUGCGUGCAACUUCAUGGGCAGUGUUCAUGUGAUGAGCUGUGAUUGUGUGAGAGGAUGUUCGGUUCUAAUUGGCAUCAGAUUAUCACUGUGAAGAAUUCAUCUUUUUCUACUGUCUUUCAUCCCUUACUUUUAAACCCUGAUCAUCCACACUUUUACUUUGUAAAAGCAAUAGGAAAUGCAACAACAAACAUGAAACACAUUCACACAUUAUUAUUAUUAUUAACCAGCAUUAUUGAGCCGUGUUGCAGUCUUGUAAUUAUGUGGACCCAUAAGUUGCGAGGGUUCUUGCGAAUUACUUCAAAAUACAGAACAGUGCCCAUACAAUCUUUUUUACUAUACAGGGCUAUUUAACAUGGGACCAAAUAUGACAUUCCUGUUGGUUGAGCUGAGCCACAUUACUUUGGUAAUAACACUAUGGAACAGCAUUACGUGUUGAUAUAGCUAAAUACACCCCUCAUUUGUUUCUGUCAAAUUAUUUUCAAAGAACCAGCAGUUAUUGUUGCUGUUGAUAUUAUUGCUCUGCCGUUAUCUGACAGAUUAAUUUUAUUCCAGGUUUACAGAUUUUAAUUAAUGUUAUUUAGACUUGUCAGCAGUUGUGAAUUUGGACUGAUUCUCUAUUCAUAAUAUUUGCAUAUGGCUCUCAGUUCUCUAUAAGCUUUUUAAAAAUUUUUCCUUUCUCUGACAUACCCCCCCCCCCAAAAAAGUCCCAUCAUAGUCUCAUGCUGUCUGACCUGGAGGAAUUUAUGUUUGUUGUUCAUUGUAUUCAUGAACUUGUGCACCAGGAGCAUGUGUGUAUGUUCAGAAUGUUUCAUUUCCCUGCCUUUUUAUUACAGCGCAAUAGUAUAUUAUGUCCAUGUUUAAUACUUUGAAUGAGCCCGCAAGUAAUAUUUAAACAAGUUUCUUUAACUUUGAACUUUUUAGUUCAUUUAGUUGACAGUCAUGCUGAAUUUUUUAAUAGAAAAAGUUGAUGUUCUUCAAUACAUGGAUCUUUUACUAUUUCAUUGGGGGAACAUGUUUACAUCAAAAUUGGGUACAGAAAGUUAUCCUUAAAGUGUUGGUAUGUAAAGCUUUUAUGUGUUGGUCAGCAUGAUUUUCUUUUGAUGGACAAACCAUGUCAGUAUGACACAACUUUACUGUGGAAAUGGCACUUAAAACUUAAAUAAGCCACAGUGAAGAUUUAUUCAAAUGAAAACAUGCUUUUUAAUAAGUGCAUUGCUCACUUUAAUUGUGAUAUUUUGAGAGGACAAUUAUAGAAGCAAUUAUUAUUUAACACAAUAUAAAAGAACUGCUGGAUCGACAUUCAGGAAGUGAAGUAGAUAUAAAUGUGCACUUUUUAGGACUUUGCUGGGAUUUUUAUGCUGAAAAAAGAGCAGGUCCUCCUCGGGUCCCCUCAGUUAACCAGAGUGUUGCUCCAAGAAGAGUCAGUUUGAUCAUAUAAUGUGCAUAGUAGUGUAUCUUCUCUGUAGCUGGUUUUGAUGUGCAAAUCUUAUUGAAUAAAAUGUUUGCAAUGAAA